AUGAUUAGAUUUUAUUUUAUCUUUUUUUUUUUUCUAGGUUUUGUUCUUUUUUUUUUUUUUUUUUUUUUUUUUAAAUUUCUAACAACAUAUAAUAAUAAUAGUAGUAAAUUUCUCGGAAAUAAUAAUAGAAUUUUAAAAUUCUAUUCAACAACAGCAACAAAAACAACAACAACAACAACAACACCAACAACAAAACCAACAACAACAUCAAACAAUUUUAAUAAUCCACCAUCAUUAAUUUCAAAUUCAAAUAUUGAACAUUUUUAUAAUAAUAGUACAAUUGAAGAUUUAAAGAAUCAACAAGUAAUUAAUAAUGCAUUUAAUUUUUCAGCUAGUAAACAAGCUUCAAUCAUAAAGUCAAUUGAAAAGGAACCAAAUAAUCCAAAUCAUUAUAAUGAGUUAAUUGAAAUUAAUAAGAAUAAAAAUUCAAAUUAUUUAUUUAAAAUUAGUCAAGAUAAUACUGGAGAUAUAUUAUUUUGUAGAAAAGUUUUUAAAAUCAAUGGAAUUGAUAUGACCAUCAUUGAUUUACACUUAAAAAUUAUUGAUUUAGAUGAUACUUUUAAAAAUAUUCAUUAUAGUUUAUAUUUAUUAUUUGAAUCAUUAAAAAAAUAUAAUAAUAUUAUUAAUAAUAAUAAUAAUAAUACUAUAAAUAAUAAUAUAAAUAAUAAUAAUAAUAAUAAUAAUAAUAAUAAUAAUAAUAAUAAUAAUAAUAAUAAUAAUAAUAAUAAUAAUAAUAAUAAUAAUAAUAAUAAUAAUAAUAAUAAGGGUUUUUUACUUUCUAUGAUUACUAAAUUUACUGGAAAUAAUAGUAAUAUUAAUAUUAAUAAUAAUAAUAUAGAUAUUAAUAAUAAUAAUUAUAUUAAUAAUAAUAUUGAUUUUAAUAAUGAUUCAAUUAAAUUAUUAAAUGGAAAAGAAAUGAAACCAAUUGAUUUAUUAAUUAAAGAAUUUUAUAAUGAUAAUAAACAUUUUGAAUCAUUAUUAAAGAUAGCUAAUCAUUUAAAUGAUUUUGUCAAUGAUAAAAUUUCAUUACCAAUUUCAAAAAAUCAAUGGAAACAAGUUAAUAAAUUAUCAAUACUUCAAAAAGUUUUAGAUUUAAAGAAAGCUCAUCCAGUUGCAAUUUCUCAAAUCAUUUAUUUCAUGAACAACAACAACAAUAAUAAUAAUAAUAGCAAUAAACCUAUGAAAGAAUUUCGGUUACUUGAUGGUCAAUCAUUAUCAAUUAAACAAUUAGCAUUGAUGGCAUAUCUUGAAAAUAAGGAUAGUUCAGAUACUGAUUAUAUAAUUGACCAAACUUGGUUAGAUUUGAUCGAAUGUUUAGAUCAAGGUCAUCAUUCACUCACAAAUAAAACAAUUGGUCAAGUGAUUACUUCAUCCUCUGUAAUAUUAGAUGCAAUUAAAAAUUUCCCAACAAAUCCUAUUUUCUAUUACCAUUUAUCAAAAAGUUUAAAUAAUAAUUUUGAAACUGUUAAUUUAAUUGUUUAUUCUCAAUUUUUAAAUAAUAAAAAUAAUAAUAGUAAAGAAACUCUUUAUUUAAAUAGACUAAAUUUAAUUAAAUUCACAAUUUCAAAUCAGUUAGAUAAAAUCAACCAAGAUUCAAAUCAAUUAUUAUUAUCAGAUUAUUAUUAUACAGCAAGUGAAUUUUUAGAAAAUAGAUCUCAAACUAUUGAAAUAAAAGGUACAGAAUUAAAUAAUGUUGAUUUAUUAAUUAGAGCGUUAGAAAUUAAUUUGAAAUUUCAAUUAACUUUAAAAUCAAAAGAAAUAGUUGAAAAAUUAAUUCAAUUAUUAAAUCAUGAUGAAAUCGUUAAAAUUAAUGGUGAACCAAUGACAAAAGAAGGUAUCAUUCUUUUACUACUAUUAAAUCCAAAUCCUCCAAAAGAUAAUUCAUAUUAUAAUAUUUCAAUAUUUGCAUUUAAUAAAUUAAUUGAAUAUUAUGAAAAUGAAAAAAUUAAAGGUAAAGAUAAAAUUACAUUAUUAAAUAAUAAAAUUAAUCGUUAUGGUGAAUUAUUAAAAAAAUCAAAAGAAAUUUUAAAGAAGAAUAUUAUUAAAAAUUUGAAAUUAGAUCCAACAAAUCCGGAUAAUUAUUUUAAUUUAUCAGAACAAUUAAAUCAUGAAGAAACUGUAAUUAUUAAUAAUGAUGUUGUUGUUAGUGGUAAUGGUGAUGGUAGUGGUAGUAGUAAUGGUGGUGAUAAAGAAUGGGGUAAACUUGAUUUAAUAUUAAAAACAAUUGAAUUAGAACCAAAUAGAAAAUUAGCUUAUUAUUCAUUAUUUGAAUACUUAUCAUCAAUAAAAAAUGGAAAGCUAACAGUUAAAUUAAAUGAUGGUUCUGUUUUAGAGAAACAUCAAUUGUUAUAUUUAGAAUUAGUUAAUUAUCCUCGUAAUACAAAUGCUUUCUAUCAAUUUGGUUUACAUUUAAAAGAACUUGACUUAAAAGAACUUUCUUCUAAGUUUUUUAAUUGGUGUAUUACAAUUGAUCCAAAAUUCUCAAAAGCUUAUUUAGAAUUGGGUAUGUUAUUACAUGAUUUAAAAAUUCCUUCAACUUCAAUUAAACAUCAAACUUCUGAAGUCAUAAAGGUUUAUUCAAGAAAACAAUUAUUUGUUAAAGCUUUGGAAUCUGAAAAUCCAAAUGGUACUUUAAAUUUAAAAAAUUCUAAUGCUUGGUAUUAUUUAUCAUUAGAAAUGAUUGAUAAUGAUAAUGAUAAUGAAAAUAAAAAUAAAAAUGAUCCAAAUGAAAAUAGUAGUGCUAGUGGUAGUGGUAGUAGUGCUAGUGGUAGUGCUAGUAGUGCUAGUGGUGAUAUUGAAUUUAAUAAAACAAAAAAAGAUAUUUUAUCAUUAAUAAUUCAAAAUGAUCCAAAUUUUUCAAAAUCAUAUUAUGAAUUAUCAAAUCUUUUAAAAUCAAAUCAAGAGAAAUGUAAAGUUACUGGUUUAAAUAGAAUUGAACUUUUAUUGAAAUCAAUUCAAAUUGAAUCAGAUUUAGAACAAACUUCAAUCUACCUAUAUCAUUUAUCAAAUUAUUUACAAAAUGAAAAAGUAACUUUAAACGAUGGUAGAUCAAUGAAUAAACAACAAUUAUUAAUUGAAGCAAUUGAAAUUAAUCCACGUGGUAGAAUAUCUUCACUAUAUUAUGCUUUAUCAAAAACUCUUUCUAAAAAUGAUGAUGAUGUUUUAUUUUUAUUUAAUAAACAAUAUAAUAGGAAUGAUUUAUUACAAGAAGCAACUGAAUCUUUAAAGAAAGGAACUGAUCCAGAUUAUAUUAACUCUAUUAAAGCUAAAUCAAAUUAUUAUCUUAAUUUAAUAAAGAAAUUAUUUACAGAUUAA